UCACUCAAUAAUCAGAAGAAAAAGAGCUCCUUUUUCCCGGAAAUGGAACCCUCGUUCCCAUCGAAUCGCUUCUUCUUCGGAUCUCCAUCGAUGGAGGAGUCCUACCACUCUCUCCCCACUCUCUACUUGGCCUUUCUCUUCUUCUGGUGCUUCUCCACCUUGUCCUGGUCCCUCAACACCUGGAGGCAUCGCCGCUCCCAGACGAGCAAUUUGCAGUGGAUGAUGGCUUUGGUUCCGAUGGUCAAGGCUUUACAGUUAGGGAUGUCAUAUAUCUUUUGGUACUCUUGUAUUAAACUUCAGAUGUGCUCGUUGUGGAUGUCUUUUGGUGUCUAUGUCUCUGGAAUAAUUUUUCAGACAGCUUAUUUUGUGUCUUUUAUGCUCAUUUCGCAUGGUUAUUGUAUCAUGUGUGAGCGCCUUUCAGUACCUGAACGGCGUACAACUGCUAUAUCAGGAUGCAUCCUCUACUUGGCUCUAGUCGGGUAUAAAGCUGCUAUUCCCUACUUCACAGUGUUUCUUCUGCUAAAUUAUUCUGUAGCAUUUUAUAUGAUCUUCCGGCACAUUUCCCAAAAUCUUCUAGUAUUGCGUGAACAACUGAAUAUUAUAGAGGAUGAGGAGAGUCCAAUGCUGCAUGAUGUAUUGCAAAAGAAAUACAAAAUGUUCAAGUAUGUGGCAUCUUCUCAAAAAAUGAAAUUUCAAGGGACAAUGCAGAUUGUAGCUGUGGCAGAAAUUCUCGUCCAUAUCAAUGUUGAUAAAACACCAGAUAAUUAUUGGUUCCGUUUGUUGGUUCGGGAAUGGACACAGUUCUGCAUAUUCCUGUACAUUGGGGUUUGGGCCCUUUGGAGAUGGACUUUCAGAACACGUCAGGCCUCAUCACAUUUCUCUGUUGUGCCCACUUUGAAAUCCAAACAGAAGAUGAUGCUGCCCCCCAUAUACAGCAUAGAAAUGGAUGCAGCCAGUUUCAAAGGUUUUGCAUCUCAACAAUGGCAUGUUGGAGUGCCAACUUCUUUUCCUCCUCCCCAGUGUGGAAAAUCAUCGGAUUCUUUGCUGGUCAUAGUUCAGCACCCUGCUCUGGUGAGUAGAGCUUCUCCUGAAGUAACAGCUGAUCUAAAACUGUCUACUGCAAGCAUUGAUGCUACAAACUUAUUAUCUCAGCAAAACAGUGAUAAAGUUUGGGUUUAAGUGAAUAGAAAGAGUAGGAUUAUCCAAUUUACAAAGGAACAAGCAUAUCUUUUUAUUUCGGUUUUCACUAAAUCCGCACCCACAAGGGACAUGUACAUGUACUUUUACUAAUGUCAAUCAAUUCGCAAAGCAAUGCAAGUUGAAAAGGUAUUGAUUC